CGAGCACGCCGACCCGGAAUGCACGGCGCUGCUGCUGCGCGAGCUGGAGACGCUCGAGUAUACCUUUACCGCCAACGACCCGGCGGAGUUCGGAGGGCAGACGCUGCACUUCUACAGGGCCAAGGAUGGUAUCCUGGUGGCUAGCGGUAUGAUAAUCGAAGCCGUAGAGGCGUGGAGGGACGAAGAUGAUCGUAUCGUUCAAUAUAAACUUCUCGAGUACACCACGGGGAAGAAGCCAUCGGUGGUCGUUGCUUCAUUGAGAGCAAGAACCUCGCAGCCCCGGUCGAUUUGCAUGCCGCAUCGGCCGUUCUGCGGCGUUUGCCCCCAGGUGGAGGCAGUCUCCAACGAGAAGUACUUUGUCUCGAUCCCACGCACGUAUCCCGUCUAUCUAUCCGGCCUGUUCUCGCUCCACUCCGGCGCUGCGUGCGAAGAGAUGCGCGACACGGACAUCUCUCUGCCGAUGGCCUUCAUCCACACCGUCUGGACGUUCCGCCAGCGAUUCCCGCAACUGCGUCUCCUGAACGGGCUCGACUUUGGUGCGCUGCUCGUCGACACGUGCGCCAGCGGCAAACAGGCUAUGGAAUGCGUAGUGCGCUCGGAGACGCAGUGCUUCCGGUUCGCGCAGGCCGAUCGGAACAUCACGAUCGUCCCGGGAAGCGUGUUCGGCUAUGUGUCAGCGCUUGAGGGCGAUGCUCAACAGGCUCUACGAGGAUACUUCGCUUCUGGUGAUACUCCAGUGGCGCUGGUCUCCGCCGACCCGGAUGUCCUUUCCCCAACCGAAUCCUUCUCCGCCAUCCCAUCGGCUCGUGCUCAGGCUCAAGCCAUCCUGAGACUGCUCUCCCGCAUGAGUUGGGAAUUCGUGACGGUCGCCCUCUCCGAAAACGACGCCGCCUCUCUCUCCGUCUUCCGCCACUUUGAACGCCUCGCCGCCGAUUCUGGCGUGUGCCUGGCGGAGGUGGUCAACCUCUCAGGUGAAGCUCCAGCCUCUCCCGGCUCAAGCACCAACGUCACCGUCGUGUUCGCCACCGCCAAGGAUGCGGCUUCGUAUUUGGCCGCCGGGCAUAAUCAGGUGCACGUGCUCGUCGGCGACGCCCACGAUUUUUACCUCCAUGUGCCGAGCGACACGACCAAGUACGUCGGCGCCGUCUCCAUCCAGCCGAAGGACAUCGUGUACCCGGAUUUCCGCGAAUGGCUCGAGACGGUGUCCCCGUUGAACUUGCCGGAGAUGUGGUUCUGGGGCUUCAUCGAGCACCGGUUCCAGUGCGCCUUGUCGCAGAAGAGCAAGCUCGUCUACGGCAAGAUGUGCAGUGGGGACGAGCUGUUGGACGUGGCCAGGCUGGGCCGCAUGACACGUGCCGGCUACUUGUCCAGAGGUGUAGAACGUUUGCUUUUCGCCAUGGACGCUGUCUACAAGCGGCUGUGCCCUGCGCAGACCGGACUUUGCCCUGAGUUCUACGCAAAUGGCCGGAAGGCAAUCAGCGAGCAACUGCGUCGUGCCCCCGUCGAGGACGACGUCGAGAUGUUCGAAUGGAUGGAGGGCAGGGACGGGCGACCGGCGUACCAUUUGAUCGGAAACUGGAGUGCGCACUCGGGGCUCAAGAUGCAUGCCCUGUAUAAGCCAUUCGGCCGCUCAUCUCCAGUCGUCUCGAAAUGCGUGCCGCCGCUCUGCAAAUGUUUCCUCGAGGGAGACUUCUUCCAGCGUCCAUUGGACACCUUCGUCGCCGGCGGCAUCGUCGAGCGGGACUCUGGCGCUUCCUACGUCCGAAAGCAGCCCGCCUUUGGCGCCGACACUGUCCAAUACGCUUCGAUCCUCGAACACCUCAGCGCCGGCGAAUGGCGAGCCCACCCGCACAACUUCGUCCUGUUGGCCGUCAUCUCGUUACUGACAAUCUCCGCCCUCGCCGUGCUCAUCCUCGUGCUCGUCAAGCUGUACCUCCGCGUCGUCAAGGGCAAUCAAUCGCUCGGAAUUUCGCUGCUUGUCGGCAUUAUCCUGCUCUACAUCACCGCGUAUUUCUUCGUUUUUGACGCCACUGACAUGGUCUGCCGAGCCCGCGUCAUCCUCCACGGCAUGGCCUACACGAUCUGCUUCGGCGUCAUGAUCGCCAAGGGAGCCCAGCUGCGCAACGCCGAGACGCUCUACUCGACCUCGCACGUGCACAUCAGCUUCUGGAACUACUGGCUGCUGCUGUUCUUCAUUUUUGGCGUACAGAUUGCGCUCUCUGUUCGCUGGGCCGCCGAGCCGUUCCUCUCCACCUGGAGCACGUCGGAGGACUUUUCGCGCAUGGUCUGCUCGUACGGGAAGAUGGAAUUCGUCGCGUCGAACGCGUACGUCGUCAUCCUACUCGCGCUGGCCCUGUUCAUCAACAGCCGCAACAGGAACAUCAAGCGCAACUAUAAGGAGACCAAAUGGUUGUGCGUGUCGUCGUUGCUAUGCGCCCUGAUUUGGCUCUCCUGGAUUUCAGCGUAUUUCGUGGUGCCUUACGAGUGGAAGGAGAGCGUCAUCGCGCUCGAGCUGAUCGCCUGUGCGACCGUGCUGCUAGCCUUCCUGUUCGGGCCCAAAAUCUACAUUUUGCUCUCCUACGAGCCGGUCGUCGUCGAGUACAAGGUCGACUACGAUGCGCCACACGGGCCCAAGUUGGACCUUUUCGAAAAUGAUGAAGAGCGAGCCUCCCCGAUCCGAGCCGUCUCCCCGGCCUCAUCUACCGGCUCUUGGGAGAAGACAUCUGGCCGUGGGACCUCCUCCAUCAGCGGCAGCACGUCUAGCCGAGGCCGCCGUACCAUUCACUCAACGACCACCUCAAACGCACCCACGCCCAACGGCCAUCUCAGCGACGAUCAGUCGCCCAUAUUCCACACCGUGAUGCGAAAGAAGAAGGCCGUCCGCCGCACGCAUUCCGCGCACGACAGCGGGCGUAAUGUGAUCCAUCCCCGACCGGACGUGCCCGUGAUCCGCGCCGUUCGAUCGCCGGUCGACCGUGUCCGCUCUCCGAUGGGCUCCCAU